GAAUCAGUAUGGACAGAUGAACUCUUCAUCUUUAUUUAUAGAUGUCCAGUAUGCUCCAAAGCUUCCCUCUGUGUCAGUGAGUCCCUCUGCUGAGAUAGUGGAGGGCAGUUCAGUGAAUCUGACCUGUAGCAGUGAUGCUAACCCAGCAGCUAACUAUACCUGGUACAAGGAGGAUGAAGACUCACCAAAAGCAUCAGGACAGAUCUUCACCAUCUCUAACGUCACAGCUGAACACAGUGGGAAUUAUUACUGUGAAGCCCAGAACACAAGAGGACGUCAUAACUCCACCUUACAUCUGACUGUUGUGGCAGGAGCAUGGAAAUCAACAGCUGUUGGAACAACCACUACAGUUGUCCUCGCUGUCAUACUUCUCUCUGUCUUUAUACUGACUAGAAAGAAGAGGGCUGCCAAGCAAUCAUUCAAGUCUGGGGAGAGAUCAGACUACAGGACACAGUAUCUUCCACCUGGGAGACAGCUGGACGACCCGCAGGACGACCUUCACUAUGCCAGUGUCCGAUUUUGCAAGAACCAGGCAGAUUUGGCCGUCAGACCAGUUCAGCCCCACAGACACGAGACUGAGGAGAGUGUUGUGUAUGCUGAUGUCACAUUUAAGAGAUGUCAGAAAUCAACCGGAGAGGAUCCAGCUGCACUGUACAGCACAAUCAACAAAACCCGCUGAACAUAUGGUAUUUAUAUGACGUAGUUUGUUUAUUUUAGCAUGUAACCAUUUAUUUAAUGUAAUUCUGAGUACACAGCAUUGAGACAUCCAAACAUUUUUUGACAACAAUUCAAAUUUACAAAUUUGUGCAGAACACAGCUUGUUAUUAAUAGUCAGCAUAUAUUACCCCGAAACAAUAUGUAAAAUAUCUAAUGCUGUUUAUUGUAAACACAAUUGUUUUCUACAUGUUUUGCAGACGUGUGUUUAUACUAGAGGGACAGACUCAAGGAAGAAAACUUAGUUUGCUUUUUCUGUCACUGACUUCCUGUUCUUCGUAUGGAUGACUGUCAGUUUUAACACCCAGCAGAUAGUUAACCCUUUAAAACUGAUAGAUAUGUGGAAGGAAUUAGGGUUUUAAAGGGGCAGUUAAAAGUCAAAUAUACUUAUUUUUCCUUUUACCUGUAGUGCUAUUUAUCAAUCUAGGUUGGGAUGGAGAGUGUUUGAGAUAUCCGCUGAAGAAAUGUCUGCCUUCUGUCCAAUAAAAUGGAACUAGAUGGCACCUGGAUUGUGGUGCUCAAAGCCCCAAAAAUACAUUUUAAAAACUCAGCAGCAAUGUCUCUAUUCAGAAAUCAUGACCAGGUUUCUCAAGGUAAUCCACAGACUUUGUUCUGAGCAGUUUCAUGUAGGAACUAUUUUCUUUUUACUGAAUUGUACCCACCAACCGUAUCACUAAGGAGGCAUGCAUCUACUCAUGGACAUACUCAUAACUGGCUCAGUGGUGCUAGGUGAGCCAGUGGUAGAUGCACACUUCCUUCUGCAUGGUAAUACCGUUUGUAGUUCGGUAGAAAGAAAA